AUGCAAUUUUCAAACAUAAUUUAAGGAGCUUGUUCUGCUAUUUUUUCAUAGGAUUCAUCAUUGAUUGCUAUAUCAAAUGGAUCUAAAAUUUUGAUUAAAGACAUAAAUUAAGAGCUUAUUAAUAGAAAUGUUUACUCAUUCUAAGAUAUAAUUACUCACAUGGAAUUCUCUCCUGAUAAUUAGCUUAUAUUAGUUGUAUAAUCUAAUAGCAAUACAGUUGAAGUUAAAAAUUUUAAUGAUGAAUAAUGGAUAUGUAAAAUAGUAGACUAAGCUUGUGGUCUGUUGCAUGCAGUUUGGGCACCAGACUCAAGAAGUAUAAUUACAUUCUCAGAUUUCUAAAUGAAAGCAACUAUUUACAGCUUAACUGAUAAACAAUAAUACCUCAUAAAAAAUCCUAAGUAUACUGAUAAAGGUUUAAGUUUUUCUUCUGAUGGUAAGUUUAUGGCUUUAGCAGAAAGGAGAGAUAUUAAGGAUUACAUUGGGAUUUAUUACACUAAAGAUUGGAAAUUGGUUAAUCAUUUUUAAGUUGAUACUAUGGACUUGGUCGAUAUUUAAUGGUCUAAAGAUGAUGGAAGUAUAUUGGUUUGGGACAGUUCUAUAAAUUAUAAAUUUUUAGUUUAUCACCCCUCAAAUGGUCUCAUUUAAAGGAUUCAACCAUAUGAAUAUGCUUUGGGAAUUAAAUGUGUAGAAUUGUCAAAUACUCCUAACUUUGUGGCUAUAGGAAGUUAUGAUGAGAAGAUCAGAUUAGUGAACACUUUAACAUGGAAAAUAAUCACUGAACUUGAACAUAAAGCCAAUAUUAAAGAAUAUUCUAAUGCAGUAGUUUAUAGAGAAUAAAAUAGCACCCUUUUAAAUGCUUAACACUUAGUUGAUAGAACUACAACACAAUUUGUAAUUGAUGAGUCAAUAAAUAAACUACCAGGAGCAAAACAAUCUACAGAUAAAUCGUAAUAAUCAGGUGUAACUGAUGUUACUUUUAGCUUUAAUGCGAAUUAUAUAGCUUCUAAAUCAGCAAGUUUCCCUAAUGCUGUAUUUAUUUGGGAAGUGUCUCUGCUUGAACUCAGAUAUAUCAUUUUACUUUAAAAUCCUGUCAAAGGCUUUUUAUGGUCACACAAUUCAAAUAAUUUAAUUAUAUAUGCAGGAUCUAACAAAAUAUACUUUUGGUCACUUGACGGAGCAUCAGUUUGCGAAUUACCAUAAUAUGGAAAAUAGUUCAGUGUAAAUAAGGUGUUGUGGAAUAAGAAUUCUAAAUGCUUAGUGUUAAUAGAUAGAAGAGAUGCUAUUAUAGGAUAUCCACCAAUAGAUUUAGAGUAUAAUGAAGAACAUGAAGAAGAGCAAAGGGAAGAAUAUGAAAAUUGA